CCAUAUUCAUCCAGCAGCAACAAAAAUGAUACAAAAGUGUAGCAUUCAUGAAAUAUUUUCAUAUCUCAACCUUACUGAAGCCGAAGCCUAACCAAAACCAGAACCAGAACCAGAACCGCCGAAGUAGCAUGACGGCGCAACACCAAUUCAGACAAGGAAGCUUUUCCGUUAUAGAGAAGAAGGCUUCAUCUAUGGCAUCACUGACGGAAGAAUCACAUCUACCCAAAUCUUUUAUUUACUUACAAUUCAAAAAAAUCACAAAUCUAGGGUUUCUGGAAACAUAGAUGGGUGUUGUGCAAUUUGAUACAACUAAAAAUCAAUUUGUGGAAGCGGUUGAUGAUUUCUCAAUCAAAUUCUGGGAUAUGGACCAUCUUCGUCUUCCAAUAUCAAGGUUAAUAUAUACAAACUCUGGUGAUGCCAUCUUAGUACUAGCAUUGAAUGCUAUUAACCUGCUUUGGAAGUGGCUAAGAAAUGAGCGCAAUUCAAGGGGCAAGGCAACAACCAGUGUUUCACCAGUACUGUGGCAACCUUCAAGUGGCAUCUUAAUGACAAAUGAUGUGCAAGAACCAAACCAUGAGGAAGCUGUCUCCUGCUUUGCUUUGUCCAAAAUGCUUGCUAUGUGAUAUCAACAUCUGGUGGAAAGAUCUCCUUGUUCAACAUGAUGACGUUCAAGAGAGUGAGAACUUUCAUGCCUCCACCUCCAGCAGCAACUUAUAUUGCCUUCCAUCAUCAAGAUAACAACAUCAUCGCUAUUGGCAUGGAUA